CGCCCCUUCCCGGCUCCUACACUUUCCCUCCCUAAUCCCUAUUCCCGAUCCCGCAACCGUCACUGACCACGAUCCGCUCAACCUUCUGCUUCCUCCGUGACGCGCCGUCGCAGCCUCCUCCGCCAAUCCUUUACGCCGUCGUCGUUUCCCUCUCUCCUCGCCUUUCCCAGGCAGAAGAUGCGAUGGCGCCACCCAGGCUCUCCGGAAUGCAGAAGCAAGUUCUCAGCCUCUACCGAGGCUUUCUCCGCGCGGCUCGCUUGAAAUCUGCCGACGAUCGGAAGCAGAUCGAAGCCGUCGUCUCCGCAGAGUUCCGGCGCAAUUCCAACCAAGUGGAUCGGAAGAACUUCGUCUACAUCGAGUACUUGCUCAACCGCGGCAAGAAGCAGCUCGAUCAGCUCAAGAGCCCCGGCGUCGUCGGCUUAUCUUCUUUCAGUGUCGGUGGUGGUCAGCGAUAA